CCUGCCGAUUUCAUUUUGGUUUUUGUUUGAACCUGAACUGAACUGAAGGAAGUACCAACCCCAUCUCACAAUAACACCGAUACAUACACAUUUCAUCAUGGGAGAGGAAACACCGGAGACUGAAACUCCGAAGAAUGUUGUCAAGGCUGAGACACCUGUUAUUGUUGAGACCCAAAUUGAGACAGCUAUGCUUUCUCGCGUCCCUCACUUCAAGGAACAAGCAGAUUCUUUGACAUUUGAGGGGGUUCGUAGACUGCUUGAGAAGGACCUGGGGUUGGAGGAAUUUGCAUUGGAUGUCCAUAAGAGAUUUAUCAAGCAAUGUUUGGUAAAGUGCUUAGAAGGUGUUGGUGAUGAUGAUAGCCAAAAGAUAUCUGGGGAGGCAGGGGUGAAAGGUGCAAGUACAAAAGAACCCAUAGGAUCAACAGAUGAAUGCCAAUCAAAAGAAGAUGCAAAGGAUCGUUGCCCUGAAGAUGAGGAGAAAAUGGAAGAUUCUCCAGUCUUGGGUCUACUUAAAGAAAAAGAAAAGAAGGGAGUUAAAAGGGAAACCAAGGAAGAUAAAGACAAUGGUGGAAAAGUAGUUCCAAGUGAAACUCUAAUUAAGAAAGCACUUCGAAAAAGAGCUACUUACAUCAGGACUAAUUCAGAGAAAGUCACAAUGGCUAGCCUUCGUCGACUAUUGGAAGAAGAUCUUAAACUCGAUAAAUUUGCUCUUGAUGCCUACAAGAAGUUUAUUAGUCAACAGCUAGAUGAGAAGUCUUUGUUAAAUGUGAAGGUAUUGAAUUCUUCAGAAGUUUCAAAACCUUCAAGCAAUGCCAAGAAAAUAGUGAAGAAGAAAGGUGAUACCCCAGUAACUAAAAAGUUAAGCAGUGUAGAAGAGAGCUCUGAUGCUUCAGAUAAUGAGAGUGAUGAGGAAGUUGUCAAACCAAGAAAGGAAAUGGUUAAAAAGGCGAAGAAGCAGAGUACCACUGAACCUAAAAAGCGAAGCGGAUCCAUGGAGGAAAAAAAUCUGCCUAGUAAGAAAAGGGCCAAGCCAGCUAAAGAUGCUUCAGAAGACAGCAGUGAUGCAGAAGGUAGUGGAGGAGACUCUGAAGAUCAGUCCCGUUCUUCCCGAGAGAAACUCACGAAGAAGAAAGAAGUUUCAACUCCUGUGUACGGUAAACGUGUGGAGCACUUAAAAUCUGUUAUUAAAGCAUGUGGAAUGAGCGUGCCUCCUUCAAUUUACAAAAAAAUCAAGCAGGCACCUGAAAACAAGCGAGAAACCCAGCUAAUCAAGGAGUUGGAGGAGAUACUGUCUAGAGAAGGAUUGUCUUCUGAUCCUUCUGAAAAGGAAAUCAAGGAAGUUAGAAAAAAGAAGGAAAGAGCAAAAGAACUUGAGGGUAUUGAUUUAAGUAAUAUUGUGUCGAGUUCAAGAAGGAGGUCAGUGACAAGCUUCACACCUCCUCCUCCAAAGCCCAAGAUUCCAGUUGAAACUAAUGGCAAUGAUGCUAAGUCUGGUGAUCAUGAUAAAGAUGAUGAAGAUGAUGAUGAUGAAGAGGAUGAAGAAGAUGAAGAGGAGGAAGAUAGUAGUGAUGCUGAAGAAAGUCAAAGCGAUGAAUUUAAUGAAGAUGAAGAUGACAGUGAUUGAAAUUAAGGCAGGUACUUUAGUGGUUAAAACUUAAGAAAGGUUAGAGUUGAGAACUUUGUAAUGUAAUGUGUCAUCUCGUCAGCUUGUGUACUUACAAGACCCCUCCAGCUUCUCAUCAAUGGUGUUAUAUUUUUCUGAGGACCACAUUGUUAGGAGCCUUAGACAAACUCUGGUUAGAAUUUAGUCUUGAUGGGGGCGUUAACAUUUAGAUUGUGCAAAUGGCAGUGCGAUGAGUAUGAAGUUAAUACUGUUUCUUGUGUUAUUAAAUCUCAGCAAAACAUAUUUCAAUUAGUAA